UUUCUUUAAUUCAAUUCAAUAUUGUAUUCCAUAAUCAUCCAUCAACAAACGCUAACACUCUUCCCUCACCACCUACAAUCUUCCAUUCAUAUAUACCCACCCUCCAACUCUUCCCACCACUCUUCGCUCUCUCCCACAUUUCCCUUUCCAAUGCGCAUCACCGCCAUGCAGAGAUAGAUAGAUAGAUAGCUUCCCUCUCAGAUCUGCGUCUCUUCCAAUUCGCCGCCAUAGGUCUAAACUAUCUGUGAACUACUGACUGCACCCCGCACCCUCUUGCAACAUGGCUCAAGGGAAAUAUGCUAGAAUAGACAAUAAUAAAAGAUCGGCUUCUAGUUACUGUUCAACGGUGACUAUUGUUGUGUUUGUUGCUUUAUGCCUGGUUGGGCUUUGGAUGCUCACAUCUUCAUCUGUAGUGCCUGUGCAAAAUGUAGAUGUGUCUCAGGAUAGUACCACCAAUGACGUGAAAGAACAGAGCGAGGUGAAACAACAGAGCGAGAGCGAGAGCGAGGUGAAAGAACAGCCAACUGACACCACUGAUAGCAAGCCUAGGCGGUUUGAAGAUGAUGCCGGAGAUCUACCUGAGGAUGCAACCAAAGGGGAUACUAGUGUCACCUCUGAAAAUAACUCUGAUUUGCCAGAAAAGCAGGAAGAUAAAUUGGACGAAAAGCCUGCAGAGCAGUUUUCUGAUGAUACUAAGACAGAAAGUACCGAUUCCAAUGAGAGUGAGAAGAAACCUGAUUCUGAUGAAGGCGAGAAGAAACCUGAUUUUGAUGAAGGCGAGAAGAAACCUGAUUCUGAUGAGAGCGAGACGAAACCCGAUUCAGGUGAGAGCGAGACGAAACCCGAUUCUGAUGACAGUGAGAAGAAAUCUGAUUCCGAUGAUAACAAGCAGAGUGAUUCAGAUGGGACAGGGAAUAAAUCUGACUCUGUUGAAAGUGAAAAGAAACCUGAUGACUCCACUGAAACAACUGAUAAUAGGACCGAAGACAACGAGGAACAAAGUGGUAACAAAGAGUCUGAUGAAAGCUCUGAUAAGAAUAACACAGAUGACAAAGCCGACAACCAGAGUUCUAAUGAGGCAUUUCCUUCUGGGGCCCAGUCAGAGCUUCUGAAUGAAACUACAACUCAAUCUGGUUCUUUUUCAACUCAGGCAGCAGAGUCAUCUCAAGAAUCCUCCAAGCAGUCUACUGGGUACAAUUGGAAACUCUGCAAUGUCACUGCUGGCCCUGACUUCAUUCCAUGCCUUGACAACUUGAAAGCAAUUAAGCAUCUUCCAAGCACUAAACACUAUGAACACAGAGAAAGGCAAUGUCCUGAAGAGCCUCCUACCUGCCUGGUCUCUCUUCCUGAAGGAUAUAAACGCCCAAUUGAGUGGCCUAAAAGCAGAGAGAAGAUAUGGUAUUCCAAUGUUCCACACACUAAGCUUGCUGAGUUUAAGGGGCACCAGAAUUGGGUGAAGGCUACAGGCGAGUACCUUACUUUCCCUGGUGGUGGAACCCAAUUCAAACAUGGUGCACUUCAUUACAUCGACACCAUAGCACAGUCUGUACCUGAUAUCUCUUGGGGCCAACAGACACGUGUGAUAUUAGACGUUGGAUGCGGUGUUGCCAGCUUUGGUGGCUUUCUCUUUGAAAGAGAUGUACUAACAAUGUCAUUGGCACCAAAAGAUGAACAUGAAGCUCAGGUUCAAUUUGCACUUGAAAGGGGAAUUCCUGCUAUAUCUGCUGUCAUGGGCACGAAGAGGCUUCCCUUCCCUGGAAAUGUAUUUGAUGCUGUCCAUUGUGCACGCUGCAGGGUCCCUUGGCAUAUAGAAGGUGGCAAACUUCUUUUGGAACUGAAUAGACUAUUGCGACCUGGUGGUUUCUUUGUAUGGUCUGCUACUCCUAUUUAUCAGAAGCUUCCUGAAGAUGUUGAAAUAUGGAAUGAAAUGAAGAAACUAACAAAAGCAUUGUGCUGGGAAGUUGUGUCCAUCACCAAGGAUAAACUUAAUGGAGUUGGUAUAGCUGUCUACAAGAAGCCAACUUCUAAUGAGUGCUAUGAGAAACGUUCUCAGAAUCAGCCUCCUAUGUGUGAAGAUUCUGAUGAUCGUAAUGCUGCAUGGAACGUUGCUUUACAAGCUUGCAUGCACAAAGCGCCAGUGAAUUCUUCAGAACGUGGGUCACAAUGGCCAGAGAAGUGGCCAGCAAGACUGGCCAACACACCUUACUGGUUGACAAGUUCUCAAGUUGGAGUUUAUGGAAAGCCUGCUCCUGAAGAUUUUACUGCUGAUUAUGAAUACUGGAAACGUGUAGUUUCCAAGUCUUAUCUAAAUGGGUUAGGAAUUCAAUGGUCCAAUGUGCGGAAUGUCAUGGAUAUGAGAUCGGUCUAUGGAGGGUUUGCUGCUGCUUUGAAGGAUUUGAAAAUUUGGGUAAUGAAUGUGGUUACAGUUGACUCCCCAGACACACUUCCUAUUAUUUAUGAACGAGGUCUUUUUGGCAUAUAUCAUGAUUGGUGUGAAUCAUUUAGCACCUAUCCCAGGUCCUAUGAUCUACUUCAUGCAGAUCAUCUGUUUUCAAAGCUUAAGAAAAGGUGCAAGUUUGAAGCUGUAGUGGCGGAGGUUGAUAGGAUGCUCCGGCCCGAGGGAAAGCUUAUUGUCCGGGACAGCGUUGAGAUAAUCAAUGAGCUUCAGAGCUUGGUGAAGUCUAUGCAGUGGGAGGUUCGUAUGACUUACUCUAAAGAAAAUGUGGGGUUUUUGUGUGUCCAGAAGUCCAUGUGGCGGCCUAAAGAACUCGAGACACUCGAGUAUGCUCGUUAAACAUGGAUGAGAUGCCAACAACAGAGUUAGGUGGUUUUUGGGGUUUUGCCGCUCAAAAUUCUUGUGCAAUUGUACUUAAAACCAUUAUUCAUGUAUCAUUAAGUUAGGUAUUUAUGUAAUUGUUUUAUUUUUCAUUGGUAAUUUUGAUCUCUAUUUAGAGGUUGGUGUCUUUUGGUGUAACAUGUUACCAUAGGUAAGGAAAUUUGAUCACACGUUCUUGCAAAUGUAGAGGCCUUUGGUAAUCAAUAGUUGAGAUUCUGGAAUUUUGUGAGAUGUCCUCCAAAAUUUGACAGUAAUUAUAUAGUUGAAUAUUUUGACAUGGAUAA